AUGCAGUACAAGAAUCAGAAUGCCGCUGUACUCGAUAACACAGAACAGGGAAACAAAGAGGCAGAUGAUGUUGAUGAUGUUCUUGUUGCUUUUGAUGAUAAUAUUGUUGUUGAUGAUGAUGAUGAUGAUGAUGAUGAUUUCGACGAUGAAGAUUAUGAUGGUGGUGAUGAUGAUGAUUUCGACGAUGAAGGAUAUGAUGGUGGUGAUGAUGAUGGUGAUGAUUUCGAUGAUGAAGGUUAUGAUGGUGUUGAUGAUGAUGAUGAUGAUGAUGAUUUCGAUGAUGAAGGUUAUGAUGGUGGUGAUGAUGAUGAUGAUGAUUUCGAUGAUGAAGGUUAUGAUGGUGGUGAUGAUGAUGGUGAUGAUUUCGAUGAUGAAGGUUAUGAUGUUGUUGAUGAUGAUGAUGAUGAUUUCGAUGAUGAAGGUUAUGAUGGUGGUGAUGAUGAUGAUGCUGAUUUCGAUGAUGAAGGUUAUGAUGUUGUUGAUGAUGAUGAUGAUUUCGAUGAUGAAGGUUAUGAUGGUGCAUUGACUUUAGUUCUACUGAGGAAGUCUUCAUCACAUCUCCAUCAAGAUCAUACAAGUACUAAAAAAACUUCCAAGCGAGAAAAACAAGUGUCAAGGACAUUACUGACCAUCAUCAGCAUCUACAUCAUCAACCUGUUUCCCAGAUUUAUUUUUAACAUCGGCCAACUGGCGGAACCAGAAUUCUACAAUCUACGAAAAUAUAGCAAUCUGUUUGUGAUGGUGGCUCUGUUGCUCUUCAUCAUAGACUUUUGCAAUUCAUCCAGUCACUUUUUUAUAUUUUUGAAAAUGAGUUCAAGCUUCAGAGAUCAAUUUAUGAAAUGCAUCGAUGUCAAAGAUGUUCCUUUGAAAAGGAAUUUCUUUACCAAGUCAGUUAUUAGUUAA